GCCGAGAUGCAUCUUUAUAAUCUCACACUCUUGCCACCGUCCGCCAUCACCUGCGCUACUGUCGGUUCAUUCUCAGGGACUCGCCAGCAGGACAUAUGUAUCUGUCGAGGUGGCACCCGACUGGAACUUCUCAGGCCGGAUGCCUCCACUGGAAAGAUGAAUUCGGUGAUCUCUUCUGAUGCAUUCGGGACGAUACGGUCGCUCACGUCUUUCAGGCUAACCGGAGGCACCAAAGAUUACAUUAUUCUUGGAUCGGAUUCUGGAAGGAUUGUCGUGUUGGAGUUCGAUCCGGUGUUGAACGCGUUUGUAAAAGUUCAUCAAGAAACAUACGGAAAGUCUGGCGCACGAAGAGUCGUACCAGGACAAUAUUUGGCCACGGAUCCAAAAGGUCGAGCUGUGAUGGUUGCCGCCAUGGAGAAAAGUAAAUUGGUGUACAUCCUGAACCGAGAUUCUGCUGCAAAUUUAACUAUCUCAUCUCCUCUGGAAGCACACAAGUCCAACGCUAUCAUUCAUCACAUUGUGGGGGUCGACGUCGGAUUCGAAAACCCUCUCUUUGCUGCACUUGAGGUGGACUAUGGCGAAUCAGAUCAGGAUCACACAGGCGAAGCCUUCAAUUCAGCUGAAAAGAUGUUGACUUACUACGAACUCGAUCUAGGCCUGAAUCACGUGGUCCGGAAGUGGUCCGAGCCCACAGAGCCUCGGGCAAACAUGUUAUUGCAAGUUCCAGGUGGACAGAGCGCUACACACGCUGAUAAGUUUGAUGGACCCUCCGGGGUGCUGGUAUGUUGCGAGGAUAUGAUCAUCUACAAGCACCAGAAUGUGAAAGAGCACAGAGUGCCGAUUCCCAAACGGAACACCCCUUUCAAUGACGUAGAACGAGGUGUUAUCAUUGUGGCCGCAGUGAUGCACAAAAUGCGGGGGGCCUUUUUCUUCCUCGUGCAAACCGAAGAAGGGGAUCUAUUCAAAGUCACAAUUGAUCAUGAAGACGAAGAAGUACAAGCUUUGAAGAUCAAGUAUUUCGAUACAGUUCCCGUUUCUUCAAGCCUCACAAUCCUCAAGUCCGGGUUCUUGUUUGUUGCUGCCGAAAUGGGCAACCACUAUCUUUAUCAGUUUGAAAAAUUGGGCGAUGACGAUGACGAAACCGAGUUUUCGUCGGAGCAGUAUCCCGACAAUGGUUGCAGCGAUGAACCACUACCCAAGGCUUUCUUCAAACCUCGCCCACUACAGAAUUUGGUCUUGUCGGAUGAAUUGGAAUCCCUGGCACCAAUCAUCGAUGCUAAAGCUGCAAAUCUUUUAAACACAGACUCUCCUCAAAUCUUGACCAGCUGUGGGAGGGGCUCUCGCAGCUCUCUUCGAAUAUUAAGGCAUGGCUUAGACGUGUCUGAGAUUGUUACAUCAGAUCUUCCUGGACCCCCCACCAACGUAUGGACUACCAAAUUGAACGAUGACGAUCUUUUCGACCGUUAUAUAAUUUUGGGCUUCUUGAACGCCACCCUUGUGUUGUCGAUUGGUGAAACAAUCGUAGAGGUCUCUGAUACGGGCUUCCUGACCAACUCCCCCACGAUCUCCAUUCAACAAUUGGACAAGAAUGGCCUAUUACAAAUUCAUCCCACGGGAAUUCGUCAUAUCCAUUUGAAUGGGGGGGUCACAGAAUGGAAAGUCCCCGCGGGACGUAAAAUUGUUGUGUCCACUUCAAAUCAAAGACAGGUCGUAGUGGGAUUAAGUGGAGGCGAGCUGAUCUACUUCGAAUUAGAUCUGGAGGGUCAAUUGAAUGAGUAUCAAGAGCAAAAGGAGAUGGGCUCUACCAUCACAACACUGUCUUUAUCUGAAGUGCCGAAGGGUCGACAACGAACUCCAUUUUUGGCCAUUGGACUCGAGAACCUGACCGUCCAGAUCAUUUCACUUGACCCGAAUUCGGUUCUGGAAACCAUCAGUUUACAAGCCUUGACCUCGGUCCCUAGUUCAAUUUGUAUCGCCGAGCUAUUGGACUCAUCGAUUGACAAGAAUAAUGAGACACUAUUUGUCAACAUCGGUCUGUCAAAUGGAGUGCUUUUACGAACUGUACUAGAUUCCGUUAACGGUCAACUCACGGAUACUCGUACUAGGUUCCUAGGCUCUCGGCCUGUCAAGCUUUUGAGAGUCAAGGUCGAUUCAAAGACCAGUGUGAUUGCACUCUCUUCGCGCACGUGGCUGAACUAUACGUAUCAGAAUAUGUUACAAUUCAAUCCUUUGAUUUACGACUCUAUCGACAACGUCCACAGCUUUAGCGCUGAGCUGUGUCCAGAAGGGUUGAUUGGUAUUGUGGGAAGCUCUUUGCGCAUUUUCACUAUCCCCAAAUUGGGGAUCAAAGUCAAGCAGGAUUCGAUGCCUCUUUCUUACACCCCCCGCAAGAUGAUCUUGGAUCCUGUCACCAAGCACGUUAUCACCAUCGAAUCUGAACACCGAACCAUGUCGCCCAGCGUCAAGGCGGAGCGGCUUGCUGAACAUAAAGCGCAAGGGUUGGAGUUUGACGAGCACAUCUUCAAUGACGAAGUGCUUGGACUGCCAAGGAGCGAACCUGGACAAUGGGCAUCUUGCAUCAGGAUCAGCGAUCCCUUGGAGAAAACUACCUUGACGAAGAUAGAGUUGGAGAAUAACGAAGCUGCUACUUCCGCGGCCAUUGUCUCGUUCGCCAAUCAGGACUUGCAAGGGCCACUCUUAGUUGUAGGGACAGCAAAAGAUGCAUUUGUGCAGCCGCGUACUUGUCGAAACGGAUAUCUCAGCGUGUUCAAGUUUACGGACAAUGGGAAGGGCUUAGAAUUGUUACACAAGACGGAGGUCGAUGAUAUCCCUACUGCUAUCAUUGGCUUCCAAGGACGCCUUGCAGCUGGUAUCGGUAAAGCAUUGCGGAUAUUUGAUCUGGGAAAGAAGAAGCUCCUUCGCAAAGUCGAAAACAAAACCUUUUCAGCCGCAAUAUCAUCCCUAUCAACCCAGGGUCCGCGAUUGUUAGUUGGUGAUGCACAAGAUAGCAUAUCCUACGCGGUUUACAAGCCUGCAGAAAAUCGUUUGCUUGUUUUUGCAGAUGAUAUCUCUCCACGUUGGACCACGUGUGCAACAAUGGUAGACUACGAUACUUGUGCUGGAGGAGACAGGUUUGGAAACGUGUGGGUCAACCGGAUACCAAAGACUGUAUCAGAUGAAGUUGAUGACGACCCCACUGGGGCAGGUAUUAUGCAUGAGAAGGGUUAUUUGAUGGGUGCUCCGCAUAAAGUCAAGAAUUUGGUUCAUUUUCACCUCAACGAUAUCCCUACCUCGAUGGAAAAAACUUCUCUGGUACCUGGUGGUCGUGAAGUCUUGCUCUACACCGGGCUACAGGGCACAGUCGGAAUUCUUAUACCGUUCUUGUCAAAAGAAGACGUAGACUUCUUCCAGACGCUCGAAAUGCACAUGCGGUCAGAACUACCCAGUCUGGUUGGUCGAGAUCAUCUAGCUUACCGGGGGUAUUACUUCCCGGUCAAAAACUGCGUAGACGGUGAUAUGUGUGAAUCUUUUGCGCUACUACCCAUGUCCAAACAACAACAGGUCGCGGCAGAGCUGGAUCGUAGUGUUUCAGAUGUUCUGAAGAAGAUUGAGGCUGUGAGGGUUUCAAGCGGAUAUUGAUAGAAUGUAAAAAUAUAUGAACCGGACGUGUAUGUUUUGCACCUGUUUAAGGGCGCGUACCUCCUCAAAAUUUAAAAACC